UCAGUGUAAUAGUAGCAGCUAGAGAGAGCCCUUUAUUUGGAAUAAGGUGCAAUUUGGGAUGCAAGGAAGGGAGACAUGCCCGUGACAUUACUGACCUCCACUAGGCUAUGAGGUUAAUCCCAUGCUGCUCUGAUUCACCUCCCCAUGUUUACUUGGUUCUAUGGUAUUUGGUAAUAUAAUUACAUAACUGAUUCAUUAAUUACAUAACUGAUUCAUAGAAUCUCUGUGUUUGGGGUUGUUGUUUAACACCUUACAUGCACACAGACAGAGAUAACAGUAUUGUAAUUUAAAUGCUUUUUACCCACAUAACCUAACUCAGAACAGGAAAAUCCUGUUAUCAACGAUUCCAAAGGAAAUAAGGAAUAUACACACGAAUGGACAUAUACCUCAUGAAGUCAGUCAUUUGAGAAGAGGCUGUGGUUUGUGAAUCAGGCGCUGUAUGCUGCGUCACAUUGCCCAGGUAAACCACGCAGGCUGUUUAUGGGGCGGAGUUCGGUCGAUAUACACAGAGACUUUACUUUCUUCACUAGAGGUGACAGUGGAGUUGACGACUCACACAUACAGGAGCAAUGAACCGUCCGGUCGACUCGGAUUCUCUGAGACGCAUUAUGUGAAUUUUCUGAAUUUGUACACCUUUUCAGUCUCGGAAAUAAGAAUACGAACCGUUACAAUGUCACACACGGAGUUUGAGGUAGCUGGACGCGGCUUCCCAAGCCUUUCCGACGAACUGAAAGAUGACUGCUUAUCUGGCCGUGUCCCGUCGAUGCCGCGGAGGAACAACUUGGCUGCCAGGAGAAAUUCUUAUGGACUUCACAAAAUUAACAUGGACAUCGACCCACAACUCUAUGGUGGGGCGCUUUCAAAGGCUCUUUCCGGGUCCGCGGAGAAUAUUUUAACUUUAACGGAGGCCAGAGUUGAGGAGGACGACAAAACGGAGACUCCGCCGGCGUCUCCAUCUCCGGUCUCCAUCCCGGGCGCGAGCACCACCGGCAGCAAGUCCCCCUGUACCCAAAUCAAGGACCCGGUCACCCCUCUGGUGAACAACUGGAGCUCGAUCCCGAGCCCCAACAGACAAGAUGCCAGCUCGGACUCAGACAAUGAGCUUGUUCAAAAUAAACCACACAACGUGCUGUCACGCAGUCCGUAUGAAAGCAAAUGGGAACAGGAGGAGAGGGAGGACAUUGAGACCAAAGCUGUGGCCACCUCACCUGAUGGAAGAUACCUGAAAUUCAACAUUGAGAUUGGGAGGGGUUCGUUUAAGACCGUUUAUAAAGGACUGGACACAGAGACUACUGUGGAAGUGGCAUGGUGCGAGCUGCAGACGCGUAAGCUGACCAAGUUAGAGCGGCAGAGGUUCAGUGAGGAGGUGGAGAUGCUGAAGGGCUUGCAGCACCCUAACAUCGUCCGCUUCUACGACUCCUGGAAGGACAACUCCAAGGUCCUCAAGUGCAUCCUGCUGGUCACCGAGCUCAUGACCUCAGGCACCCUCAAAACGUACCUGAAGAGGUUCAAGGAGAUGAAGCUGAAGCUGCUGCAGCGUUGGAGUCGGCAGAUCCUGAAGGGGCUCCACUUCCUCCAUACCCGCACCCCUCCCAUUAUCCACAGGGACCUCAAGUGUGACAACAUCUUCAUCACCGGCCCCACUGGCUCCGUCAAGAUAGGAGACUUGGGCCUGGCCACACUCAAAAGUGCCUCCUUUGCUAAAAGUGUCAUUGGUACCCCAGAGUUCAUGGCUCCAGAGAUGUACGAGGAGAAGUAUGAUGAAGCUGUGGACGUCUAUGCCUUUGGGAUGUGUAUCCUGGAGAUGGCCACCUCAGAGUACCCCUACUCCGAGUGUCAGAACGCAGCCCAGAUCUACCGCAAAGUCACCAGCGGGAUGAAGCCAGACAGUUUCUACAAAGUCAAGGUCCCAGAGCUCAAAGAGAUCAUCGAAGGAUGUAUCCGGAUGGACAAAGAUGAAAGGUACACCAUCCAGGACCUGCUGGAGCACACGUUCUUCCAGGAGAACAACGGCGUCCAUGUUGAGUUGGCUGAGGAGGACAACACGGUGAAGUCAGGCCUGAAGCUGUGGCUCCGCAUGGACGACACCAAGAAACUCCAUGGGAAGUACAAGGACAACAACGCCAUUGAGUUCCUGUUUGAACUCUACAAGGAUGUGCCAGAGGAGGUGGCGCAGGAGAUGGUAGUGCUGGGCUUUGUGUGCGAGGCCGACUUCAAGCUUGUGGCCAAGGCCAUUCGGGACCGCGUCAACAUCAUCAAGCGGCAGCGUGACAAACUACGCCGCCUCGCAGAGAAGAAGAAGCAGGAAGAGGAGGAGGCCAUUGAGAAGGAGCCCAAGCCUGCACUGCAGCCGCCCUCCCUGAAAAUCAACAUGUCUCCAUCAAAGCCCCAUCAGAGCACCAUAGGCGUCCACGCCCCCACCCCGGCCCAGAGCCAGGAUCACCCCCCCCUGAACCCGCUGACCCCCGCCCUGUCCCCCGUCAACAGCUCUCUGGACUCGGGCAUCAAUGCCAGCUUCAUCCAUGAACCUGAGGAACCAGAGGCAGACCAGCACCAGCACUUCCAGGUCCACCACACCAGCUGCUCCUCGGCCAACUCUGACUGCGAGACAGACGGCUAUCUCAGCUCCUCUGGCCUCCAGGAUCCCCUGGAGAUAGCGGUCAGCCUCAACUGGUCAACCCUGACCCCUCCCACCCUGACCCAAAACACUGGGACUGGGACUACCGCCCUCAACAGACACCCUCAGCACCACUCCAUCCCAGCCCUCCGCUUCCCCUCGAGUAUUGCAGUAUUGGGUAAUAUGGAGCAUGGCCACUCUGGAGAACACUCUACCAGCGGCUUCAACUCACCUGUGGACAGCUACGCCUCCGACGUGACCUUGGGUUUGAGUGAUGGCUACGAGGGCCUAUCAGAGAGGAGUGGCAAGACUGCUGCCAGGCGCACGGCUGGCAAGCUGUUCCGGAGGAGAGCCCGUUCAAGACUGCGCAUCACUGGGCUCUCUGACAAAGACGACCGGGUGGUGGAAUGUCAGCUGCAGACUCACAAUGACAAGAUGGUUACUUUCAAGUUCGACCUGGACGGAGACAACCCAGAGGACAUCGCAGCUGUCAUGGUACACAAUGAGUUCAUCUUGCCAUCGGAGAAGGAGGGUUUCAUCCACCGUAUGGGUGACAUCAUCAAGAGGGCGAAGACUCUGAUGAAGGAGCACAUGGUCCACAUGGGCGGCAGCCAUGGAGCGCCAUGCCCACAAUACCACAACGGGGUCAACUCAUUGACUGCGUCACAGCCUAAUCUUCACAGUCACAUUGUGGAGUGGACACACUCUGCCUUCUCUCUACCAGACUUCAGCAUGGCUGACCCCAGUGUAGGCGUGCAUGGUUCUCCCUUGGGUCCCACUGAUGGAGGAGACUUCUUCAGCCCAGCAGACGUGACUUUACCUGCAUGGAGACCUCUAUUACGCUCCCAGUCUUUCCACAACGCCCCAGGUUCUCCUCACUACCAGCAGCACCACCUAGCCUCCAUGUUCUCCCCAGAGCACCCUCAUCCCCAGCAGCAGCACCCCCACCCCCAGCAGCACCACCCAGCCUCCAUGUCCCCCAAGCCCCCAGCGCACCACCCAGCCUCCAUGUUCUCCCCAGAGCACCCCCAACCCCAGCAGCAGCACCCCCACCCCCAGCAGCACCACCCAGCCUCCAUGUUCUCCCCAGAGCACCCCCACCCCCAGCAGCACCACCCAGCCUCCAUGUUCUCCCCAGAGCAUCCCCAUCCCAAGCAGCAGCACCCCCAUCCCAAGCAGCACUACCACAUGCCCCCCUUCAUGAGCCACACACACUUCCCUUUCCCUUACCCAGUGAACCCCGGCUCCCCAAAACCAGCCCAUUCUCCCCUCACACGGGUUGCCAGCAACCCCAUGUUCCCCUCCGUUUACUCCCCAGCCUUCUCCGGGGGCCCCCACUCUGAUGCCCCGAGCCCCUCAGAGUACAGCGGGGAGGGGAACCCUCUGUCUCCCUCUGCUCAACCCCAGCACUCCGACAUGUGGCCUUCCCACACACAGCCCCUCUUCUCCCUGGCCAAUGUGAUCUCUAUGGCGAUGAGCAUGGCCCACUCCUUCAUCCCUGCCAAUACCCUGGCCAACCAAGGGAUGCCCUCCAUAGCAGGCUUCCACCCCCAGCUAACCCACCCCCAGUCGGGCUACCCGUCCAUCUACUCCCCCCACUAUCAGACAGCUCCAGUGGAGGUCCCCUACCCUCAAGGUGAAGGAAAACAGCACAGUGUCUACCAGGGCGCAGACACUCCAACACAGAUGCAGAGGGAUGGGUCUGGGUCUGUGUACUCUCAAAACAGACACCCCAGCUGGCAGCAUAACCACAUAUCUCCCUCUAUGAUGGGCUACAACACCCCUCCAAGGAACCCACAGGGGAUGUCACCGCAAACUGUGUCUUCCAAACGCCUAAGCCAUUUACAGAAUAGUUCCCAGGGAUUCUACAUGGUUCCUCAGGACCAGUCUGAUGUGUCCAGCUCUGCGUCGGGGUCUGACCUGUCCCCCUCGGCCCCAGACAGCCCAGAGAGCACAUUAUCAUUGUUCACCUCAACCACACCAAUGUCCAGACCAAUGGUGCCUGAGAUGAAUGCCAGUGCUCCCAAGCCCAGAGUUUCUCCCAGUUACACAGAUCCCCCGCCUCCUGCUGUCACAGUGGGCCGUUUCCAGGUCUCCCCUAGCAUGGAGAUCCCUGUGACUGCUGAACCAGGUGGACAGGGCUCUAACCCCGUCAGGCCCAUGUCAGUGGGCAGCACUACCACCUCCAAGAGCAGCACAGAGGAGCAGGAGCAGUGGGAGUCAGAGACCAGCCUGAACACCUCCCUCACUCUUUCCCCCUCACACCAACACCUCACUAUGGGGGAGGACCGGGAGGUCCAAGUAGAGUGGGCCGGGACCAAGGAGCAGCAGCAGGAAGAGGAGGAGGAAGAACAGGGGGAAGAUGAGGAGGAGCAGAAGAAGGAAGAAGAGGGGGAAGAAGAUGAGGAAGAAGUUGGGGAAGAAGAUGAGGAGCAGGAGGGGGAGAAGGAAGAAGAUGAGGAGCAGGAGGAAAAGGAAGAGCAGCAGACAGUGAGGAGGAGGAGGAGGAGGAGAAUGUGCAGCCUCAGUCUGAUGGGUAUGUCUGCAGACAGCGGCCUUUCCGUUAUAGCGGUGGACUCAGAGGGUCGUGGCCUGUGGGAGGGAGGGGCAGGGAGCCCCACCUACAACUCCGCCCUAAACCACAUGUGGCUGAGCUACAGCCGUAACUUCAGAUACCUGAGCAGUGACGACUCAGAGAGUGAGGACAUGUGGGAGGAGCUGCAGGAGAUGAGGGAGAAACACUUGGCAGAGGUGCAGAGUCUCCAGGCCACCCAGAAGAGGGAGAUUGAAGAGCUGUAUGAGAGGAUGGGGAAGGUUCCCCCUGCGGGGAUUGUCUCUCCUGCCGCCAUGCUGUCAAGUCGCCAGCGCCGCCUCUCUAAGGAAAGGAGUUACCUCUCCUCCCGCAGAAACAGUCUGCAGCGCCUGGACAUGCUCCCCCUCCAAGGUAUCAUUAGGAGGAACUCUCUGGGUGGCAGCAGCAGUAGCAGCUCUCUGGAGAAGCCCUCUAAAGGGGUGACUUUUGCAUCUGACGUCAGUAGAAUGUAAGAAUCUCAAGCCAUGCUUGCUGUAGAAUAAGUCCGGACUACCUCAUCUGAAGAGUGACUGCAGUGAUCAUAUCCAUCUUGCUGGAGGAAGGAAGUGACAUCACGUCUAAACCCUUUAUCUGGCCCCCCACUGGAGGAGAGAGUAACCUAGGCCCCCCAGAAACCAGGAAGCUUCUCUGCUGAGCCAAUGGUCACAGGGUUAAUCAAAGGUCACGGGUUCAUCAGAGAUCACAGGGUUCAUCAUAGGUCACUGAGCCCUCUGCUAUGAAGGGACAACGGAACCUCUGUCAUCUGCUGUCAGUCACCCCAGAGAGAAGCCCUGCCAGUACAAUGGUUCAGUAGGAUGCCACCAGAACAGUGUGAGUAUAAAAUGAGUGUAAACGGCUCACAACAGUACCAGCCCAAGUAGUGCUAUAUCCUUCCUCAUACUAUGCUAUGCUGAACAUGUGUGAUAGUUGUACAUACAGUAGAGCCUUAGUGAUCAGCUAUAAUCCUGCCUUGUAGACACAAAGCAGUAAGGGUUGUUCGAGCAACAAUAUUGGGAUCAUGGGAUCAAGUCCGGGGCAGUGGAUCAAUAUUUUCCUGCUUAUCUGACUGUCGCAGACAGUUUUUAUUGGGACUGUUUCAGAUUAUUCACAUUUUUAUUUGCACAUUUGACUGUCUGUUUGCAAUCUGUUGAUGUUGAUGCUGACUGUAAGCGCACUACUGCCCUCUAGAGUGACUAUGGAAAUCCAGAUAUGUUGUUGUACUUCUGCUGGUUUUCUAAUGUGCAACAGCAUUAUGAAGGACAACUGUUGUCGACAUGUAGAAGGAUGUGAACAUUGUUUUCUAACGUUAGGCAGUAUCUUAUAUACAUGAUAGUGAGCAUUUAUCAAUACAAUUCAACACUAUAGACCAGUAGUUUUCUAUUGCUGAAUACAACCUAGUGGUAGCACUAUAACACUGAGAUUGCGGUGUCAGUCUUUCCGUAGGAAGCUAGACAACACAGCUCUAUACAUGAGGAAUACCCAAGACAAACUAACUACUUACUCCUUUAAAAAAAAAAAAGUCCAGUGAAAGUAUUGCCAAAUCAGCCACGUUGAUAAAAAAUGUAAACUAGUUAUGGUUGAUGAUUGUUACGAAUCUCUCUUGACUUUUUCACUGAGAUUAUAUUUUCUACAAAAAGAAUCCAAUAUACAGAUAUAGGUGUAGACUAAUGGGUCUCACCAUGAUUGUAAAUAUGAAAUAAUGCAUUUAUAAAUUACGUUUGCAAAUGAACCAAAGACAUUUUGGCAACCUACAUUUCUUGCACAUACACGGAGUGUAUAAAACAUUAUGAACACCUGCUCUUUCCAUUAGACUGACCAGGUGAAUUCACAAUUUAUUUCCAAAUA